AUGUUCGCGGAGUCGGAGUGUCAAAUUCUGCAGGAUUCGUGCAGCUUUUUGCCAGCGUCGAGUGAGGAAUCGACGCGUUGCUACCGGCCUCGGACGCGGUACAGUCGGGAACUGCUCACGCAGACGUUGGUGCGAAUCACCCUCCGAAGCGGUCGGGUCUGCGGUUUGCAUCUCGAGACAGCCCAUCUCGCUUGGGCGUGCGAGGACCGAAUGAUCUUCGAGCUGCACCACUUUUUGUCUUGGCCUACAAUCGCGUGGCGAACAGCUUGA